GAAUAUCACGGCAACACGCUUUUGAAACUUGUCACACAUCCCAUCCAAACCAAACGCUCUCUGUCAUCUUCCCUCGCUAUUACCAGCUCUCUGUUCUCUCUCUUUCCUUCUACGGUCAACAAUGGCGUCGAUCUACACCUGUACGGAGUGCGGAACCAACCUGAACCUGCACAGCAACCACCUCUUCCCGCCGGACUUCUACUUCGAGGCCGGUAACAAAGGAACCCUCUCUUUCUCUCUCAUCGACACCACCAAGUUCAGGUUCGAGAAAGAGGACAAGAUCAGACCCUUCUUCGAGACCCUCAAUUACUGGGGAAUCCAGAGGAAGAGGACCAAGAUCAUGUGCAAUAGCUGCAACCGUCUCGUCGGCUACGUGUACGACGAUGGUCCGCCUCUCACCAACAGUCCCGGCCAGUACCAUUUCGGCCCCAGUCAGGUCAUUCCUAGGGCUCCAAGGUACAGGUUUAAGACCAAGUCUCUUCGGAUUUCGUCUGAAACUUGAACAACAUUUUGAAUUUCUUCAUUGGGUGUUUUGGGUUUUGUGGGUUUUCUUUGGAUAAUAAGAAUCAAUGGGGUUUUGGGUUUCAUGUUGUAUAUUGGGUAUACAUUUACUUGGACAGGGUCUUUCAGUUUACUUUUGUGAUCGUCUGAUUCCACAUGUAAAUACGAAUUUCUGUUUUAGUUGAAUAAAUCGAUGAUCCUCUUUUCCUGUGUU